GUUUGCUCCUCCUCUACCAGGAAAUAAAUCUUUAGGGAGGGGGGAUUUUUGCCUAACCCACAAGAGGAUAUAGCAGAAAGAGAAAACAAGCUCUCUUGCACGGUCAAGUUGCUCUAGGCUUGUCCAGGAGUUAAGCCUGAAGUUUACAUUUUCAGCAGGAUUUAGGUCUGAAGACAAAAUGGCUGCUGAAUCCAUCAUCCGGAUCCCACCAUACCAUUAUACUCAUGUCUUGGACCAGAACUCAAACGUGACUCGGGUGGAGGUGGGGCCCAAGACUUACAUCCGUCAGGACAAUGAGAGGAUCAUAUUUCCACCUGUUAAGAUGGUCAUGGUCCCCCCACGCCAUUACUGCAUCAUCCUCAACCCAGUCAUCCGUGGAGUAGACGGUGCCAUCCAGCUUGACCCAGUGGGGCAAGUGCGACUCAGGCAUGCUGAUCUAGAGAUCCGACUGGCUCAAGAUCCCUUCCCUUUGUAUCCAGGGGAGGAACUGAAGCAGGGUGUUACCCCACUGCAGGUUGUGUUAGCUAACACUGCCCUCCACCUGAAAGCCCUCUUGGACUUUGAGACUGACCAAGGAGACAAAUAUGUUGCUGGAGAUGAAUGGCUGUUUGAAGGGCCUGGCACUUACAUCCCACGAAAGGAGGUAGAGGUGGUGGAGACCAUCCAGGCCACCAUCAUUCGGCCUAACCAAGCCAUAAGACUGCAGGCGCGGAAAGAAUGCAAGGACAGGGAAGGGAAUAAACGUGUGACAGGUGAGGAGUGGUUGGUGAAGCGGGUUGGCGCUUACCUGCCUGGAGUGUAUGAAGAAGUUGUUGAUACCGUGGAUGCCUUUAUCCUGACUGAAAAGAAAGCGCUCCACCUCCGGGCCACAAAGACCUUCCAGGACUCCCAAGGCACUCUCAGGAAGACUGGGGAAGAAUGGCUGGUCACCAUGGCUGAUACCGAGGCCCAUAUCCCAGACGUUUAUGAGGAAGUGGUGGGAGUGGUUGACAUCACCACCCUGAACAGCCGCCAGUACUGCGUGGUUUUUGAUCCAGUGGGUGACGAUGGCAAGCCCCAACUUGGGCAGAAGAAGGUGAUCAAGGGAGAGGUUUCCUUUUUCCUGAGGCCCGGAGAGUGGCUGGAACAAGGCAUCCAAGAUGUAUACAUCCUUUCAGAAGAAGAAGGCCUUCUGCUGCGGGCUCUUUGCCUUAUGGAAGACAUUAAUGAGGAUGACAAGAAGGUGCUCCGCAAGCCAGGCGACCGUUGGUUGAUCCGGGGCCCUUUGGAGUACGUGCCGCCAGCGGAGGUGGAAGUCAUGGAGCAGCGCCACUCCAUCCCUUUAGCGGAGAACGAGGGCAUCUAUGUGCGGGAUAUCAAGACUGGGAAGGUCCGCGCUGUUAUCGGCCACACUUACAUGCUUUCCCAGGAUGAAGAGCUAUGGGAGAAGGACCUGCCUUCCCAUGUGGAGGCCUUGUUGACCUCAGAAAGGAAUCCAGUAGUGGAUCGUUCCCGGGACCCAUCUGAUGGAAGCAGUCCAGUUUACCGCGACAGGACACGGGCCGUGUCCUACCGAGUCCCCCACAACGCAGCUGUGCAGGUGUAUGACUACAAAGAACGUAAAUCCAGGGUGGUUUUUGGACCAGAGCUGGUGCUUUUGGGGCCCGAUGAGCAGUUCACAGUGCUGAGCCUGUCGGGGGGCCGACCCAAACGCCCUCAUGCCCGCCGUGCCCUCUGCCUCCUCCUGGGACCUGACUUCUGCACUGACAUUAUCACCAUUGAAACGGCUGAUCACGCCCGCCUGCAGCUCCAGCUGGCCUACAACUGGCACUUUGAGAUACCUGCUGCGGCCGAAGCAUCCCGCCUGUUUUGCGUCCCAGAUUUUGUGGGUGAUGCCUGCAAGACAUUGGCUUCGCGCAUCAGGGGAGCAGUAGCUGCUGUCACAUUUGAUGACUUCCAUAAGAACUCAAACCGCCUGAUCUGCGCCGCCGUGUUUGGCUUCGAUGGGGAAGGGACGCUGCGCACCUCCUUGCGCUUUGCCCCCAACGGCCUUGUCAUCAGCAGCAUCGAUAUCCAGAGUGUGGAGCCCGUGGAUCAGAGGACCCGAGAUUCCCUCCAGCGCAGUGUGCAGCUCGCCAUUGAGAUCACCACCAACUCCCAGGAGGCAGCGGCCCGGCACGAGGCAGAGAGGUUGGAACAGGAGGCCCGAGGACGCCUUGAGCGGCAGAAAAUCCUGGACCAGGCUGAGGCUGAGCGGGCCAGGAAGGAGCUGCUGGAACUGGAAGCACUCAGCACGGCAGUGGAGAGCACCGGAUCUGCUAAAGCCGAGGCCCAAUCACGAGCAGAAGCAGCGCGGAUUGAAGGCGAAGGCGCCGUCCUGCAGGCCAAGCUGAAGGCAGAGGCGACGGCCAUAGAGACUGAAUCUGAGCUGCAGCGCCUGGCACAGGCACGGGAACAGGAGUUGCGCUUCUCCAAGGCUCAGGCCGACUUGGACGUUGCCCGGGCUGAGGCUUUGGCUACUGUCGAAGUGAAGAAAUUUGAGGCCGUGAUCAAGUCACUGGGAGCCAACACGAUCCGGGACAUUGCGGUGGCCGGGCCUGAGAUGCAGGCGAAACUGCUCCAGGGCCUGGGCAUCCAGUCUACGCUCAUCACAGAUGGAUCCUCUCCUAUCAACCUCUUCACGGCCGCAGGAGGGCUACUGGGCAUCCUCCCCAAACCUUCAGAGUCCUGAUAAGAGACCAAAGAUAGGGGAACGCUUUUCGGCCAGACCUUCUUCAAGUGCCUUAGCGAUGAGAAGGGGCCAAGUUAAGCAUUUCCUUCUUGCCUGGACCCCACUCUACAAUGUGUGCCUUUUCGACGUAGACAAAAAAAAGCAUACAAUAAACCUGAUUCACUGCA